AAGUGUUGAAUCAAUGGAAACUAACUGGAGAUAAAAGUUGAGCUGAGAGACUCUGAAGCGUCAGCAGUGGAGGAGGGCGGAGCUUCCCAGCCGCCAUGAUGGACGACACAGAGUCUGAGCUUUCCUCCGCCCCCUCUGAGCAGAACAGCCCCUCCCUCUCCGUCUCCUCCUCCCUCUCUCUCCCCUCCACGCCCUCGUCGUCGUGCGCCCCCCCCCAGGCCCUCACCCCUCCCCUGGGUGUGAUCAGCGAGGGGGCGGGGGAGCUCACCCUGGUCAUCGACGCCGAGGUGGCUCAGCAGGCGUGUCGGGAGGUGCUGCAGAAGGUGAAGCUGCAGCAGGUGGAGGGCGAUGUCACCGACCUGCCGAGCGGUCCGGACCCCCCCUGCCCCCCCGCAGCUCCGACGGCCGCCGUGAAACAGACGAAGAUCCGCGAGAAAGAGGAGGACCCAGAAGGCCCCGCCCCCGGCUCGGUGAAAAGCGCCCGGCGGCGGCAGAGACACAAUCCCUCCAAACAGUCGUGGCUGCUCCGCCUGUUUGAGUCCAAGCUGUUUGAUGUUUCCAUGGCGAUAUCUUACCUGCACAACUCGAAGGAGCCGGGGGUGCAGGCGUACAUCGGGAACCGGCUCUUCAGCUUCCUCCACGACGAGGUGGACUUCUUCCUGCCGCAGCUGCUCAACAUGUACAUCCACAUGGACGAAGACGUCGGGGAUGCCAUCAAGCCAUACGUGGUUCAUCGCUGCAGACAGAGCAUCUCCUUCAGUCUUCAGUGUGCCUGGCUCCUUGGGGCUUACUCCUCCGACAUGCACAUCUCCACUCAGCGUCACUCCAGAGGAACCAAACUGAGAAAACUCAUCCUGUCCGAUGAACUGAAACCCGCCGGGCCUCGAGCUCGCAGGGAACCCCUGACUCUGACCCCGUUCUGUCCCCUCCCGUCUCCCGUCUCCGGCCCUGGACCUCUCGGAGGAGACCACGGCCUGUCGCCCUCCAAACGAACUCAUCAGCGCUCCAAGUCCGACGCCACCGUCAGCAUCAGCCUGAGCAGCAACCUGAAGAGGACGGCCAGUAACCCAAAGGUGGAGAGCAGCCAGGACGAGGACAGCAGCUGCAGCUCAGACAGUCUGGAGUUUGAGGCCGGUCCCCCCGUGCGCCUGGCUCCUCAGAGGGAGUUCAUCAAGUCUCUGAUGGGGAUCGGGAAGCGUUUGGCGACGCUGCCGACCAAAGAGCAGAAGACUUCCCGUCUGAUCUCCGAACUGUCGCUGCUCAACCACAAGCUGCCGGCUCGAGUGUGGCUGCCGACCGCCGCCUUCGACCACCACGUGGUGCGAGUGCCACACACACAGGCCGUGGUUCUGAACUCCAAAGACAAGGCCCCGUACCUGAUCUAUGUGGAGGUUCUGGAGUGUGAGAACUUUGAGACGUCCAGCGUUCCGAUCCGGAUCCCGGAGAACCGGAUCAGGAGCACACGUUCUGUGGAGAAUCUGCCGGACUGCGGCAUGACGGCGGAGCAGAGAGCCGGCAGCUUCUCCGUGGUUCCAAACUACGACAACGACGACGAGGCCUGGUCUGUGGACGACAUCGGGGAGCUGCAGGUGGAGCUUCCAGAGGUCCACACCAGCAGCUGUGACAACAUCAGUCAGUUCUCUGUGGACAGCAUCACCAGUCUGGAGAGUAAAGAGCCGGUGUUCAUCGCCGCUGGAGACAUCAGGCGGCGUCUCUCGGAGCAGCUGGCUCAGGCCCCCACCACCUUCAAACGGGACCCGGAGGACCCGUCGGCUGUGGCCCUGAAGGAGCCCUGGGAGGAGAAGGUCCGGAGGAUCAGAGAGGGAUCUCCAUACGGACACCUCCCACACUGGAGGCUUUUGUCUGUUAUUGUUAAAUGUGGAGACGACCUGAGACAGGAGCUGCUGGCCUCCCAGGUGCUGCAGCAGCUCAAGUCGAUCUACGAGCAGGAGCGUGUUCCGCUCUGGAUCAAGCCCUAUAAGAUCCUGGUGUUGUCGUCGGACAGCGGGAUGAUCGAGCCGGUGAUGAACGCCGUGUCGCUCCACCAGGUGAAGAAGCAGAGCCAGCUGUCUCUGCUCGACUACUUCCUGCAGGAGCACGGAGCUCCGACCACCGAGGCCUACCUGUCGGCUCAGAGGAACUUCGUGCAGAGCUGUGCUGGCUACAGCCUGGUGUGUUACCUGCUGCAGGUCAAAGACAGGCACAACGGAAACAUCCUCCUGGACGCUGAAGGUCACAUCAUCCACAUUGACUUCGGCUUCAUCCUCUCCAGCUCACCCAAAAACCUUGGCUUCGAAACGUCCGCCUUCAAACUCACAGCUGAGUUUGUGGAUGUGAUGGGGGGUCCAGACGGCGACAUGUUCAACUACUACAGGAUGCUGAUGCUUCAGGGUCUGAUCGCAGCCAGAAAACACAUGGACCGGGUUCUGCAGAUCGUGGAGAUCAUGCAGCAAGGUACUCAGCUGCCCUGUUUCCACGGCUCCAGCACCAUGCGAGGUCUGAAGGAACGUUUCCACAUGAGUCUGACGGAGGAGCAGCUGCAGCUGCUGAUUGAUCAGCUGGUCGACGGAUCGAUGAGGUCACUAACCACCAAACUGUACGACGGCUUCCAGUACCUCACCAACGGCAUCAUGUGACCAGCCCCAUGUGACCGGCCCCAUGUGACCGGCCCCAUGUGACCGGCCCCAUGUGACCGGCCCCAUGUGACGGGCCCCAUGUGACCAGCCCCAUGUGAACGACUGAAGCUUUGUGACUCGACUGCAGAAACUGAGCCUGUUGGUUUUAUUCCACUUUUUUCUUCUUUUUUUCUGUUUCUACGUUUGUUUUCAGCUCAAACUCUUCUUCCUUAUUUGGGCAGAAGUUCCUCAUUGGUUACUCAGUCGGACUCGUAGCCAAUCAGAGAGCCGCCUGGUUUUAGAUGUAAAUGUGAUCAUGGUUUUACAGAUUGAGAACAGGAAGCUGCCUCAGUGCUUUUGAGCAGAGCACAACCCCAGACUGUUGAAUGGACCACGCUGCUGUUUUCCAUGUGUUAGCCCUUUAACUGCAGAUGAUGUAAAACUCAUUAAAACAAACCGUGUGGACAUGAAGCUCAGCGUCAUCACUCAGCUGAUUCAUCCACUGAUGCUUUUAGAUUCUCAGAUGUUUCGAACCUUUUAUCGAAUGAAGUGAAUUUCACAGUAGAAACCUUGUUUAGUCAGAGACACUCACAAUGCUACUUCCUGUCAAUAAAGGUUUUUCAAAUUCUACUCAUCUAA